GACAUGUGUAACAUUGCCUACACGCCAACAUGCUGGUACUUGAAGCCCGAAGAGAGCCUGGUGGAUGAGGGCCAGUGACUUAACGUGAUGUCGAGAUUCCCAUCCAAAACUCGUGGAAGGCAUCAUGGUUACCCAUGCGGGACAAUGUCGGUCUCCUGCCUGAUUCCAGUAAGCCAAGGAUGUCAUUCCUACGCAGUGCCAAAAAUGCCUGAAUUCAUAUCUCUCCUCCUCUCGAGCUUCCCUGUACCCAAUUAGCAAGCCUGUCGUCCCUAGUCUCAGAGACCUUUGACAAGUACUCAUUCCUCAAGAUACACAAUCUCAGGAUCUCACAUAGCACUCCAUCAAAGCUCACGGCUAGAAAAUCCAUGACGUCCGAACCACAUCCAACCUUCCUCACUAUACCCCUCGAACUCCGUCUCGAAAUCUACAAACACCUCCUCACCAUCCAUGCUAUACCUCCCGAGUACUACUGUUACCACGGAAUUCCCACGUAUCCUCACGCCUCCAACCCACCACCACCACCACCAUCACCGCGGCCAGAACUCCUCCAUCCCCAAAUCCUGCAGACCAACCGUCGAGUCAACAGCGAAGCCACGCCCGUCCUUUACGCGCUCAACACCUUCACCCUGACCCUCGAUGCCCACGCCCACCAACCUCAACCCUGUCUCGAACUCCCCCUCCUCGGCCCACGGGACUGCUACUCGUACUGGUACUGCUACCCGCCGGUAACCAGCCCACACCUAGCGGCCCAGAUCCGGCACUGGCGCUUGCAUCUCGCACUAGACGACCACGAGCCGUUCCUCCCGAUCGAUUCAUCGUCGUCGUCGUCCCGACGAGGACCAACCCAACCCCAACCUCAACCUCAACCGCCGCUGCACGUGCCGCGAUCCACCAUCACCACCACCACCACCAGCGCUGCAUCCUCUGCUCCUGCUCCUGCAACUGCAACAGCAACAACACCCACGGCACAGACUCCGGCUCAGCUGCUCACAAACGCGACGUCAGUGACCAUCUUCCUCCGGCGCACCCUCGGCGCACUGCUAGGCGGCGCCAGCAGCGUCGAUGCACUCCGGCCCUUGGAACCUGUCCGCGGCGUGCGCCAGGUCAUUAUCGAGCCCACAGCUCUGGGCGGCGGGGCGGUGCUGGAAGGGUUUGGGGGGUACAUCGCGUGGCUGGUUGGGGUGAUGGGCGCGGCGGAGGGGGAAAGGGUCGGGGAGAAGUACAUGCCGCGUGAUGAGAUCGAGAGGAGGCGGUUGGAAGGUUGGGGAGGGUGGGUGAGAUGAGAGAGGAUUUUGGAGGGGAUGGUGAAUGGGAUAGGAGGGUGGAGGGAUGGAUGGAUGGAUGGAUGGAUGGUGAAACGAGCGGAAGUGACUGCGAAUACACAUGGAACAGGGACUUCUAGUGUAC